AUGUCUGCAGAUGUCACAGUGUUUAAUAAUGGUACGUCAGCAGCAACAGACCCAGCAGCUGCUAAUAAGAUGAAGAGAAAACGCAAUAGAAUACCAUUAAGUUGUACCAUAUGUCGGAAGCGUAAGGUUAAAUGUGACAAGACUAGACCAAACUGUGAACAGUGUUCCAAGACAGGUGUAGCUCAUCUCUGUCACUACAUGGAGCAAACAUGGGCAGAAGAAGCUGAGAAGGAAAUCUCGAAGGAAUCAGAACUCAAAAAACUGAAGAAUCGUGUCAAAGCUUUAGAAGAAGCUCUAGUUAAGGCACAAGCGUCAUCCUAUAGUCAAACGCCUGAUAGCGACACUCCUAUAUUGGAGGAUACUUCACCGCUACGAGGUGAACCAACGCUCUCUGGUGGAGGGAAACACGAUAAUGACGAGCUGGAUUUGACAAGACAAUUUGAUAUGUUACAUCUAAGGAAUAAUGGUAUUAUCCACUUGGGUGCUACUCAUUGGUUGGCGAUUAUGAAAGGUGACCCAUAUUUGAAGCUACUGUGGGGUCACAUUUUUACGAUGAAAGAGAAGUUAGCUGAGUGGUAUGGUCAGAAGAAGAGAAAUCCACAGGCACAAAUGGGUAAGUGUCCUGUUAUGGCACCAUCCGUGAGAUCUGAUUGUCCUGUUGAUCACCGAUCGUUAAGAAAAUCUGAAUCUUCUGUAAUGCCGGGCAAAUGUCCCGUAGAUCUUACUAGCUUACAGAAGUGUCCCAUAGAUCGUUCAACGAUGCCUAGGGCACCAACAGAAAGUUCAUCUGCAUCGAAAUGCCCCAUAGACCAUUCCGCGUCAACUUCAAGGUCUUCGGUGGACCAUUCAUCCGUGUCAAAAUGUCCUGUGAAACACGAAGAAACACCAUUAGGUUCCCCAGUUACGAAACCACAGACUUCUUUACCAUCAUUCCAAAAUUUGACCUCUAAGUGUCCUGUAAUUCACGAUGCUUUACCGGGUAUUCAAGAGGCAAUUUCUAGGAAUGAGCCAGCUGAAAGGAACGCACCCGUGGAUCAAAAAUUAGAUUAUUCUCAGACUAUGGCAAGACUCUGCGAGCUCCUUCCACCCAAAAGGAUUAUUUGCAUGUUUAUUGAAAAAUUCUUCAAGCAAAUUUAUCCAGUAAUACCCAUCCUCGAUGAAUCAACCUUUAAGAACCAUAUGAAUUACAUGCUGUCCCUAGGUGUUAACACAGAGACUGAUAACGUGAAGCACAUUCGUAUGAAUAAAUUGGCAGAUUUUUGUAAUUUGGGGAUCCUGGUGAUCAUAUUAAGGUUAACGUGGUGGUCUUUACCGGUAAAUGGCUGUAAGAUAGAUUUGGGAUCACAUAAUCCUUCAUUUUUCAUGCCUCACGCUACGACUGCUUCUGUCACCCAGGCUAAGGAAGAGGCGAUGUUAGCUAAUUAUGCAACACCCGCUGAAGCAUUAACACUGGUGAGAGAAAAUUUAAUCAAAUUUGAUCAAAUCUCCAGUGUAUCAAACAGUAACGUGAAUUUGACAACAGUUCAAUUUUCCAUUUUCUAUAAAUUGUAUCUCAUGUGCUGGUCAAAUGAUAGUGGCGGGAAUGGGAAAGCUGCUAACUCUAACAACGGUGAUAACCAAGAUAACGAAAGCCAUCAAGUAUUGUUUUCGAGUAUUGCACAAAUGGCUUUCAGUUGUGGUCUCCAUAGAGACCCCGACAACUUCCCACAGUUGAACUCAGUACCCUAUGCCCAGACGGAUGGUUCAAACCCUAUGUCCAAUAACAAUGGAGUCAAUGCGACAGGUUCGGCAAGGCCCCACAAGGAUGCGGUAGCAAGUACCGAAAAGUUCAAACACACUUGGAGAAAGACAUGGUACUAUAUUGUAUCGCUUGACGUUCAGCAAUCUUUAUCGUUGGGUACACCAAGGUUGUUAAGAAAUUUGAAUGAUUUCAGUGAUACUAAGCUACCUACAGCUUCGAAACUUGACUACGUUAGUGAUAUCAAAGAACUGGUCAUAGUGAAGAAUACAACUCUGUUUUUCCAAAUCGAUCUGUGCAUAAUAGCAGUUCUUAACCAUGUUCUCAAUGUUUCCGUGGCCAGAAACGUCAAGAAGUCGCAGCUAGAUUUCCUAAUCAGUUCUCUAGGUGAUUUGACAAAUAACAAAAGAAACAUUUGCGAAGUUUUAAAUGGUUUGAUUAACAACGGUAUGCUGCAUUCUUCAGAAGGUACUGUUGAUAAUGAUAUGGAGAACAUUUAUGGACUUCCAAGUUUGGAAGAAUUACUGUCCCAGCAAACCGCUCCAUCCUCGGAAAAUGAUGUAGAUAAGAGGUUAGAACUGGCUCAUGAAUCUACGACAAAAGCUUUGUUCUUUUCGAAGCAUUUAACCAUACGCAUGCUUCUAUAUCUGCUCAAUUACGUUUUAUUCACACAUUAUGAACCUCUCGGAGUAGAGGAUUCAGAUAAUGCAUCUAUUGCUAAAUCAUAUGCCCAGGAAACGUUGAAUUAUGCUAUGGAUGGUUACAGAAACUGUCUGUUUUUCUUCACCAAUGUGGGUCAUCCAGGUUCAUCGGGCUCGAUGUUCAAUUACAUCGAAGUAGUUUUGGCACCUCAAUGUCUUGAUAUUGGUCACCGUGCUUUGCAGUUUAUUGUGUGCUUGAUACUUCGUGCCAAAUGUGGGCCGCUGACAGGUAUGGGAGAAAGUGCCAUCAUUGGAAACAAUAAUGGGUCAGCUGGAAACAGUGAAGAAGAAGAUGACCGGUCCAAUUGGAGGAAAAAGGAGGGCUCUGUGGACUCUGUUGAUGACAGGGAUGACGAGAUCAGUUUAGAUACUGGUGAGCGUUUGGCUGACAUACUUCUUUCAAAGAUGAUUCUCUUCCACAAAAUGACUAAGCAGUUAUGUGUGAAAUAUCAAUAUGCUCAGAGGACAAUGAAGUCUACUGGCUUCUUUAUAGCAUUGUUGAGAGAACCCAGUCAGAAGAGCAAGCGCGGUGAUGGUCAAUCUGGUGAUAAGAAACAUCCCAAGUUAAAUAAGAUGACGGGUCUGUUUAGAAAUUUGCCUUCUUUGAUUUUAUGCGGGGAUGGCGAACAAUUGAAAAGAUGCCCUGUUUACCAAGAUGCGAUUGGAUUUGUAACACCCAGAACGGAUCCUGGUAUCAAUCGUCAAGGAAUGUUUGGCUUGGACUCAGCACGUUCAGGUGUACAACUGCCACCUUUAAAGGCAUAUAAGCCCAUCACUUACGUUAGCAGCAGUGUCCGCACAGAACGUGGUGGUGAAGAAGCCAAGAGGCGUCGACUAAACGGUGGUCCGCCAUUGAGCUCUACAGACAUCCCAUUGGGCUCGAUGCCAGCUGUACCACCAAUUACAUCACCAAGGUCAGUACCAGGUGCUCCAGCAAGUCUACCACCGAUUGACAAGAUUGCAGGAGAUUUGACCCCAGGUCAUCAACCUAAUGCUGCGCAAUUUGGUCCAAUGGAUGAAAUCGAUGGUCGUGGGGCAUCUACUUUUACAACACCAGUAUCCGAAGGUUCAUUGAGUAAUUUUACACCCACUUUCGAAGAUUUCUUGAUGGAAAAUGCUAAUUUCAACGGGAUCAUGCUCAAUCCAUCGAGCAUCGUGGAAGCUGUUGGAUUUCAUAAUUUUGACGGGGUUAAUAUGCCUCUAGGUGGUGAACCUGCUGAUUUCCUUCCACUAGACAGUAUUGGUAUUGACGGAUUAGCAGAACCAAACGGAGUUCAGUUUCCCAACAUGGGUUGA